AUGCUCGUCGUUGCCUGCGCGCUGAACGAGGAGACGAGGCGCGUCGUGGGCAGGGAGGUGCUGGAGGCCCUGGGGAAGGGCGGCGUGCUCGUCAACGUCGGCCGAGGGGCGAACGUGGACGAGGCGGCGCUGGUGGCGGCGCUCAAGGAGGGGCGGAUCGCCGGCGCCGGCCUCGACGUCUUCGAGGACGAGCCGAAGGUGCCGGCGGAGCUCCUGUCCAUGGACAACGUGGUGCUGACCCCUCACGCGGCGGUUCUGACGCAGGAGUCCAGGUCGGACCUGCGCGCGCAGACCAUUGGCAACCUCCAGGCCUUCUUCUCCGGCCGGCCAUUGCUCACUCCCGUGCCCUGCCAUCGUGCCUAAUGUUUUCAUAGCUUGCAAAUGUUUUCAUGGCUUGCAAAUUUUCAUAACCAGAUGACAUUCGUGGAAAACGUGGCCAAAAAAACAAAAUCGAUGAUCCAAAAUGUUAUU